AUGUUGACUGACAGUCAGGAGAAGCUGUGGACUCUCGUGGAGGAGGGCGACCUCAUCAAACUCAAGUGGUACUUGAGGAAGAACCCGGGCCUGGAUGUGAACUUCCAGCGGGGAAGGAGGCGGAGAACCCCGCUGCAUCUGGCCUGUGAGCUGGAUCAGGACUCUGUGCUCCGGUUUCUGCUGAACCACGGAGCCGAUGCCUCUGUGGGAGACUUCAGAGGAGACACGCACCUUCACUACGUGGCCGAGAAGGUGCAGAGACACGGUGGAGCAGUGUUUGAGUGCUUCUUUGUGCCACUCCAGAAUCCCUGUCCGAAAUCUCAGUAUCUUCCCAACAGAGCUGGAGUCACACCUCUGGACCUGAUGCACAGGAGGAGCAUCAACCCCAACAAGAGGAAAUGUCCUGAAUCUGCACGUCACAAGGAAGAGAGUUGGGAGGUGAAGAAGCGUCGUUAUGAUGAGCAGUGUGACGCUAUGUUCCACAGCGGCGCUUCAUCGCUCACCACAAAGCUGAGCUACAGUGACGUCCCCUGGCCAGCUCCAAACGGCACCGUCCAACAAAUGGUGUCCAUCAUGUUUCACGGUGUUGAACGCAGCAACGAGACAGAGUUUCGCAAAGCGCUCAGGAGGCAACAAGUCAUGUGGCAUCCUGAUAAAUUACCCCAGCAAUGUGGAGCUCGACUGGAGGAGAAGGACAGACAGAGGAUCCUGGACACAGUUACAGCUCUGUCACAGGAACUCAACAGACUGGCUCAGAAUCUGAGGACGUAACACC